UAUUAUUUUCUGUCUUUCCUAAGAUUGACAAAGGCUGGAACUGGAUUUCACCGAAUUGCACUCAGAGUCUAAAGGAUAAAAGAGAAGCGUCCAAUAUGCAGAAGGCUGAUGAAAUCACACAAAUGGUGUGCCAUGUCUGUGACCUGCAGGAUGGAGAGAUGAAAGAAGUGGAGGUGGACCAACAUAAAAUGCUGCUGGUUCGUAGUAAUGGUGAAUUCAGUGCCGUUGGUAACCUCUGUACACAUUAUGGAGCUCCCCUCAUCAAAGGGGCAUUAGUAGGAGACCGAGUGCGGUGCCCAUUUCAUGGGGCGUGUUUUAAUGUCAAGAGUGGAGAUAUAGAGGAGUUUCCAGGCCUGGAUUGUUUACCCAGCUACAAGGUGAAAGUUGAAGAUGGCAAAGUCUAUGUGACUUUAAAUAAAAAGACUCAGAAAGUUACCAAGCGUGUGAAGGAGAUGAGCGGCAGAAAGCCAAAUAUCUGUCAUACUGUGCUUCUCAUUGGAGGAGGACCUGCUUCUCUCCAGUGUGCGGAGAUUUUGAGACAGAAUCAAUAUGAAGGAAGAAUAAUUAUGGUCUCCAAGGAGGAUGUGUUGCCUUUUGACAAGACAAAGCUUAGCAAAGCAUUGAAUAUCGAGAGUGACAAGAUCCUACUUCGACAAAGUGACUUCCUCCAGAAGCAUGGCAUUGAAGUAUUGACACAGAAAGAAGUGGUGUCUGUGAACACAAAGAAUAAAACAGUGACUAUGAAUGAUGGAUCAGUCCAAAACUAUGAUCAGCUGCUGAUCUCCACAGGCUGCAGGGCCAGAUCAUUGCAGUGUCCCGGUGCUGACCUGGAGAACGUGAGAUUACUGCAGAGUUUUAAGGAUGCGGGAGAGAUCCACAAACUGUCCCUUGGCAACCGGGUGGUCGUCAUCGGCACCUCCUUUAUCGGUAUGGAGGUAGCAGGCUAUCUGUCAGACAAAGCGGCCAGUGUAUCAGUCAUUGGUAACUCAGAGUACCCUUACCAGAAGUCACUUGGGCAAGACAUAGGGAAAAUGACAAUGAAGAUGCUGGAAGAGAAGAACGUGAAGUUCUACAUGAAAAGCGGCGUCACUGAGAUUCGAGGCCAAAAUGGAAAAGUUAAGGAGGUUAUUCUGCAGAAUGGUACAGUCCUGCCAGCGGAUAUUGUGGUUGUUGGCAUUGGUGUCAUCCCCAAUUCUGAUUUCCUGAAGGGAAGCACGAUUGAGGUUGACUCGAGAAAUGCUGUUGUUGUUGACAAGUUCAUGAGAACCAACGUCCCAGAUGUGUUUGCUGCAGGGGACGUUGUGUCCUUCCCCCUUGCCAUGUUUGGGAAUAGGAGAGUCAAUAUUGGUCACUGGCAGCUUGCACAGGCUCUUGGGAGGGUUGCCGGUUUAAACAUGUUGAAGAGACAGACUGAGGUUAAUACCGUGCCCUUCUUCUGGACAGUGCUGUUGGGGAAAAGUGUCCGAUAUACAGGCUACGGAGAAGGAUACAACGACAUCGUGUUCAAAGGGAACGUGGAGGAAAGGAAAUUCCUUGCCUUCUAUAUCAAGGAUGAUAAAGUUAUUGCAGCAGCCAGCUUGAACUUUGACCCCGCUGUUUCUCGGAUAGCGGAAAUGAUGGCAAAAGGAAAUGAGAUUACCAAGGCACAGGCCGAAUCUGCUGAUCUCACCUGGUUGCAGCUGCCCUAAAUCAGGAUCUACAUGUCUGAAAACAUGUUUUAACUUCUCAUUCUGUGUGGAAAGUCUCUGCAUCUGGUUGUCUGUAUCCUGAACCAAAGGUGCCUUAUGCCUAUCGGUUCUCUUUUUUCAGUUUUCUAAAUAUCAUCAGUCAGUGAAAGGGAAAUUAUUUGGUUCGUUAGGAUAUGGAGAUGGAAUUUCUUUCAACCCACAUGUGCACAUAAACUGUUCAUGGUGUCAGUAAAGAAUGUCAUUAAAUCACUGUCAGUACACAGUGGGCCUUGUAGUGAUGGACCAGGUGUAUGUUUUAGAGUCAUAUCAGCUCCAAACAUGUUUGUCUUAUUUCCGGCUCGAAGGAGCUGAUUACUUUGGGCAGCCGUGGCCCAGAGGUUAGAGAACCGGGCUCAUGACUGGAGGGUUGUCGAUUCUCAGGACCAACACCCACGACUGUGUGCCCUUGGGCAAGGCACUUAACCCUAAUGCCCCCAGUGCGCAAGGAAUGCUGCCCGCUGCUCCUUUGUCUGGUGUGUGUUCACUACUAGUUGGAUGGGUUAAAUGCAGAGGACAAAUUCAGUGCUCACUGUUCAGAGUGUGUGAAGUCACAGAGAUCGACAUUUACAGUUUACAUUACAUUUACAUUUGAUCUGUGGACCAUGUCAUGCACAGAUCUGUGAUAUAGAAAUGUCCAGUUAGGAGACAUGACUUUUUUGGCCAGGUUUUCCAAAUAAGUUAGGUUUACUCAAUAAUAUAUAAACAACGUAGUCUCAGGGUUUGCACUGUUCACACAGACUGAAGAUACAAAAAGUACUGGAACUUAAACCAAAUAAUGCUGCAGUAUGUUCUCACACACCAACAUAUGGCAUAUGUCAUCAUUUGCACUUUCUCUGUGUGCAUAACUGUUGUAACUUUAAAAUGUCUUUGAUCUGUUCAUUUUCACAUCUAUUUCAAUACUCUUC